UUCAGAAUUUGCUGUCCGAGAAGCAUCCUUCGCCUGAUUGCUAGGAAAAACCGCUAUGGCAGCCGGUAGGGAUUUUAGAGUUGAUGCAGUUUUAGCAAAGUGCGAUGAAUGUGGAGCGCCGCUGUUGGGACAAUGUGUCUUUGUGGAGGGGAGACGAGUGCACAGAGCCUGUUUCAAAUGCGCAGGAUGCGGGAUUGGGAUUCCUUGUGAUGAGCGCAACGGAGAACAAUUCAUACGCUAUUACGUGAUAAAUGGAAAGAUUUACGGACCUAAUUGCUAUGUGAAGAGGCUGAGAUGAAAAGAUGUUCAAGAAUCUGAAAGAUCUCCCCUUGUAAUAUAUAAAUUUAUUCUCCAU